AUGUAUAGGAAUUGUGUAAGACUUGGUGUAUUAUCUGGAUCAUAUUGCUGUAGUGGUUUAAUUAUCUCUACCCUUCUGUGUAAAAUAGUUCCCGCAAAAAUACUGAUUGUUUAUGUAAUCAAAAACAAAAACAAAAAAAAAAACUGCCAAAGACCAGGCCAUUAUUAUCAAACACUGAAGAUGACCACAAAGAGAAAAGUGUAUAUCACUCUAUCAGACUCUACAACCAAUAUAUUUGAUUUACUUCCAUCUAAUAAGGGAAGGCAGUCGUUAGUACAAGGCCUAAUUGAGGCUUAUAAAUUGAUUGACUUGUGUGAUGGAACUAUACAUAUUUAUCCAGCUCAGACUAAAGAUCUUACGACGUAUCAUGAUGAAGAGUUUGUUAAACAUUUGAUGGAACCUCGAACGUCUCUAGAUAAAUAUUCCGAUCAAAUUGACGCAGGAGAAGCAGAUUUAACAAAUGUUGUAAUUGAGGAAAAUGAUCUAGAUGAGAAAUAUGGAUUAGUUUUCGAUUGUUAUCCAUUCCCAUGUUUGGGCUUAUAUGUGCUGUUGACGGCAGCAUCUAGUAUAAAUGCUGCGAGAAAGAUAGUUCAACAAGUUAAAGAAACUAAUUAUCAAAUAAUUGCAGUGAAUUGGUAUGGAGGAAGACACCAUUGUCACAAAUCUCAAGCAGCUGGGUUCUGUUAUGUGAAUGAUGUGGUGCUAUCAAUUAACAUUCUACGUAAAAACUUGGGUCCGGUGUUUUAUCUUGAUUUGGAUUUGCAUCAUGGAGAUGGAGUAGAAAGCGCUUUUAAGUUUUCCAAGAAAGUUGCUACUUGUUCAAUACAUAGAUAUGAUGUUGGAUUUUAUCCUGGUACUGGGAGUUUGAAAAGCUCUCGAGAAAAUACAUACAAUAUACCAACUGGGAAGGGACUAAACAAUUCAAGUAUGUUAUGGAUAAUCAAAGAAAUUGUAACUCCGUUGAUAGUCAAUUUUGGCCCAAAGGCUAUUGUCAUUCAAUGUGGGUGUGAUGGAUUGGCUCUAGAUACACAUAAGGAAUGGAAUAUGACCAUUAAGGGGUAUCGUAAUAGUAUAGAGUGGAUAAUAAAUUAUUUUAGUGAAAUACCUAUAAUGUUGUUAGGUGGCGGAGGAUACAAUCAUACAGAGACUGCAAAAUGCUGGACAUACCUCACAGGUCUGGUUCUACGAGUUAGUAAUAUUGAUACAUGGGAUAUCAUACCAGAACACAAAAAUUUAGAUGCAUAUGAAGAAGAUGGUUUCAGAUUCUGGACAGACCAUAAUACAGGCCCUAGUAAAAUGAAAGAUCACAAUAGUGUAGAAUAUUUGAAUGAAAUUAAAGCUCAUUUAUUGUCUCUAUAA